UCCCUAACUUCAGUUAGCUAUCAAUCGUGUGGUCACGUGAUGCUGACGUUUUACUGAGAUGUCAAAAUUUUUCAUUCCUCUUUCAUUUCACCGAUUAUAUCCACGAUGACGACCCAACAAACGACUACAAUUAAACCCAUACGCGGAAUUAUAAAACAGAUUCUCUCCGGGGAUUCUGUCAUAAUUCGAGCACAAUCUGGAGCACCUCCACCAGAAAAACAAAUAAAUUUUUCUAGUAUAACAGCCCCAAAAUUGGCUAGACGUGCUGGAGACAUUGGUGAAACAACCAAAGAUGAACCGUGGGCUUGGGAAGCGAGAGAAUUUCUACGUAAAAAACUCAUUGGAGAAGAAGUAUUCUUUACUUUUGAAAAACCACCAAAUGCUGUCCGUGAAUAUGGAGUUGUUUAUUUGGGAAAAGAUUUCAAUACCGCAGAAAACAUAACAGAGACAUUGGUGUCUGAGGGUCUUGUUACUGUUAGAGAUGCUGCAAGGCCAACACCUGAACAAGUCCGUCUAUUGGAAUUACAAGAGGCUGCUAAAAGUGCUGGAAAAGGCAUGUGGGGUGGUGCACCUCCAUCAGAACAUGUACGUGAUAUCAAAUGGGUAAUAGAAGAACCUAAAGAUUUGGUUGACCAAUUGCAGUUUAAACCAAUAAAAGCUAUUAUUGAACACGUACGUGAUGGAUCUACAGUACGAGCUUUUCUUUUACCCGAUUUUUAUUACAUCACAUUGAUGAUAUCUGGAAUCAGAUGUCCUGGCUUCAAAUUAGAUGCAAACGGCAAACGAGAUCCCUUAGCCAAAGUAGAAUAUGCCGAAGAAGCUCGUUAUUUUGUUGAACUUCGUCUUCUUCAGAGAGAUGUAGAAAUCGUGCUAGAAGCAGUCAACAAUAACAAUUUCAUUGGUACCAUUAUCCAUCCCAAGGGCAACAUAGCUGAACUUUUACUCAAAGAAGGUUUAGCCAAAUGCGUUGAUUGGUCAAUCAUGUUGAUGAAAAGUAGCUCAGAAAAGUUAAGGGCCGCUGAAAAGCAGGCUAAAGAAGCUCGUAGGAGAUUGUGGAAAGAUUUUGUACCCACUAUGCCGAAGAUCACAGGUAAAGAAAAGGAAUUUACUGCUGUUGUAAGCGAAAUAAAUAACGGAGAUGCAAUUGUCCUUAAAAUGCCCAAUGGAGACUACAAAAAAGUUUUCUUAGCUAGUAUUCGUGCUCCCAAGGAACCAGGUAGAGCAAAUGAUGAUGAAGGUAAACCAGUUCCAAGACCAAAAGGUUUCCGUCCUCUAUAUGACAUACCGUAUAUGUUUGAAGCUAGAGAAUAUUUAAGAAAAAAACUGAUUGGAAAAAAAGUACACGUUGUUAUUGAUUAUGUUCAAGAAGCAAGGGAAGGUUUUCCUGAGAAAGUUUGUGCUACUGUUACUAUUGGAGGAAAGAAUGUUGCUGAAGCCCUAGUUUCAAAGGGUCUAGCAACAGUUGUCAGAUAUCGACAAGAUGACGAUCAACGUAGUUGUCGUUAUGAUGAAUUGUUGACUGCCGAAGCCAAAGCUAGCAAAUCUCAAGUUGGUCUCCAUGGUAAAAAAGAUGCUCCUCCACUGAGGGUUAUUGAAAUUGAUGCAGCCAGAGCAAAAUUAGAACUUGCUGCUUUGCAAAGAGCUCAAAGAAUAGAUGCUAUUGUAGAGUUUGUUGCCAGUGGUUCAAGAUUGAGGUUGUAUAUUCCCAAAUCAAACAGUUUAUGUACCUUUCUGUUAGGCGGCAUUACUUGUCAAAGAGCAACUCGUCAAGCAACUGAUACACCUGGAGAGCCCUAUGGAGACGAAGCUUUGCUUUUCACUAAAGAAAGAUGUAUGCAACGAGAAGUAUCAAUUCAAGUGGAUACACAUGAUAAAGCUGGGAAUUUUAUUGGUUGGUUAUGGGUUGAUAACGUAAAUAUGUCAGUCGCUUUGGUAAAGGAAGGCUUUGCAUCUGUCCAUUUCACUGGUGAAAAAUCUCAAUAUGCUUCAUUACUAAAGAGUGCAGAAGACAGUGCAAAAGCCCAGAAAUUAAGAAUAUGGAAAAAUUAUGUGGAGGUAGAAAAAGAGGAAAAACAAGAAGAAGAGAAAGUGCCAAUUGAACGCCAAAUAAACUUUGAAGAAGUAGUGGUCACAGAGGUUACACCUGAAGGUAAUUUCUAUGUUCAAAGGAUUUCUGAAGGACCAAAAGUGGAAGCGUUGUUUGCUAAACUACGGCAGGAAUUUGAAGCUAAUCCGCCUCUUCCCGGUGCUUACACGCCCAAACGUGGUGAUAUCUGCGCUGCUAAAUUCACAGUAGAUGAUGAUUGGUACAGAGUUAAAGUUGAAAAAGUUCAAGGAGGAAAAGCUACUGUUCAUUACAUUGACUAUGGUAACAAAGAAAUUCUCCCCACUACCCGCCUAGCAAGUUUACCAGCCGCAUACAUAAGUGAAAAAUCUUUUGCAACUGAAUAUGUCCUACCCUUCGUUGUCCUGCCCAAAGACGAAGAAUUUGCAUCAACGGCAAUAAAAUACCUCAAAGAAGAUACAGCUGUUAGUAAAUUAUAUUUGAAUGUUGAGUAUAGACAACCUGGAUCGCCUCCUGCCGCUUCAUUGCAUUCUGAUAAAACUUCUGAUUCUGAUAUCGUCAAAAACCUUAUAAAAGAAGGAUUGUUAAUCGUAGAAAACGUUAAAGGAAGACGCCAUAAUAAAUUGUUGGAAAGCUACAAGGAGGCCCAGGAAAUUGCGAAAAAACAGCAUGCCAACAUUUGGGAAUAUGGAGACAUCUCAGAGGUUGAUGCUAAGGAAUUUGGACUUGGCAAUUAAAUAAAGUGGAGGGACCAGUUGAUCAGAGCAAACCAGCUACAUUGUGGAUUCAUAAACUUCCAAAUCAUAUUGAUUGUAUUAGCAAACUUCCACAUAUAUAAUCUAUAUACAUAAAAGAAAAUAUACAUAAUUUUAUAGGAUAUAUUUUAAAUUGACACUAUUAUUACUUAUGAUACGUAAAGAAAUAUGUUUUAGGUGUAAAUUUUUUUUACUAGCAAUUCGUUUAUUGUUAUUUUUUGUAACACUUUACUCUGCAUUUUGAAAUGAUUGGAAUCGGUUACAUGUUUUAUGUACUUUUUAUGAAAAUUCUUUAUACAAUAUGUAAUUUAUCUAUAUUUUUAUCAUUAGUAAAUGAAAAAGUUCCAUAAUUUUUAUGUUAAAAAGAUAUUUGGUAACUAGACUGAUUGUCAUUUAUUGGCAAAAUUUAGAACAGGCUCUGUAUUGUUAUUUACUUAUGUAUUGCAACUAUAAUUUUCUGGGUAAUGAAGAUGAUGUAGGGUAUGGGCUCUGUUUACAAAUAAAUCACUUUGAUCGUUACGUCUUUUAU